CGUUGUUUGUGGUUGUCAAAAAGCGGGAUGAUGGCGACUGGUCGCGGAAUAUCUCGAGUUUUAAAUGCAAAUUAUCUGCGUUUCCUGGCCAAUCGCACCCUGUUUUCCGUGCAAAAACGCGAAAUAAGUGUGUGUAUUGUGUGUCACAGUCGGAAUGGGGGCUGUUUGGGAGGUGUCUUAGCAGGAAAACGAGGCUCAAAAGGAAAUCCCGGAGGAGCAUUAUCCGGAGAUCGAGGAAUUCACACGAGUAGCCAAUUGCUGAAAUCCAACUACUACGACAUUCUGGGAGUGUCCAAGGGCGCCUCGGCCAAAGAGAUCAAGAAAGCCUACUACGAUCUGGCCAAAAAAUACCAUCCGGACACCAACAAAGACGAUCCCAAUGCCAGUAAGAAGUUCCAGGAAGUCUCGGAGGCCUACGAGGUGCUCAGUGAUGAUACAAAACGUCGGGAAUACGAUACUUUCGGACAAACUUCCGAACAAAUGGGCAGGGCAGGAGGAGCAGCUCAUGGUCCACAGGGCUUCUCCCAGCACUGGCAAUUCCGCUCCACCAUUGACCCAGAGGAACUCUUCAGGAAGAUCUUCGGCGAAGGUGGCUUCAGGCCCGGACACGAUGAUUUUGCCGAGUCGCAAUUUGGCUUCGGUGCUGCCCAGGAGAUCAUAGUCAAGCUAACUUUUGCCCAGGCUGCUCGUGGAGUCAAUAAGGAUUUGGAUGUGAAUGUGGUGGACACGUGUCCCAAGUGCCGCGGGUCGAGGUGCGAGCCGGGAACGAAGCCCGGAAGGUGUCAGUAUUGCAAUGGAACUGGCAUGGAGACAAUCUCGACGGGGCCUUUUGUCAUGCGCUCCACUUGCAGAUACUGCCAGGGCACUAGGCAGUACAUCAAGUUCCCGUGCGUGGAGUGCGAUGCAAAGGGACAGACUGUGCAGAGGAGACGCAUCACUGUGCCAGUUCCGGCAGGAGUUGAGGAUGGACAAACCGUCAGGAUGGGCGUGGGGAACAAGGAACUCUUCAUCACAUUCAGAGUUGAAAAGAGCAACUACUUCCGACGCGACGGAGCUGAUGUGCACACAGAAGCCACCAUUUCCCUUUCACAGGCCAUCCUGGGCGGCACAAUUCGCGUCCAGGGAGUCUAUGAGGAUCAAGUGAUACAGAUAAUGCCUGGAACAUCGUCUCACACGCGAAUUUGUUUGUCCAAUAAGGGCUUGAAGCGAGUGAAUUCCUACGGAAAUGGUCAUCACUACGUCAAUGUGAAGAUCCUCAUUCCGACGAAGCUCAGUGCAGAUCAGAAGGCUCUGAUUCAGGCGUAUGCUGAGCUGGAGGAGGAUACUCCAGGGCAGAUCCUCGGGGUGACCUUCAAGAAGGAUGGUAAGUCGACAGAGAAAGAUUUUGGAUGGGAGAAAUUCACGCAAACGGCCAAAGAUGAGCCCAAAUACGAGCCACAUGAUAGAACAUCCACGCGAGUGUAUCAGAUCGAGAAGAUGGGAAUGGGUCCGGGCUUUUGGACAAUUGUGGGCUUUGUAAUGGUUUGCAUUUGGGGUUUGAAUUAUCUCACGAGGAACGAUGAAAUCCUGUACAGGAAUGAGAUUCCGGAAGAAUUUAGAAAUGCCGAAAGGAAAAGUGUCUGAAGAGCGGGGAAUUGGGGAGCGAGCUAUAAAACCAAUUUAUUAAAUUAGUAGAAAAAAAAUUAGAUAGGACACUAUUUUUUUUUCUUUUCGAAAUGAAUGACAAAAUAUUUCUCUGAUAUUUAAUUCUUUUAGAGGGAAAUAAAAUGUUGACAUUUCUUUUUGGUGACGAAGAGGAAGAAAAUGUUAAAAUGAAGAAAAAAAUAAGUGGUUUUAAUUGUGAUAUUCGGAAGGAAGCAAUUUGUUUUUGUUUUUUCUUUUUGCAAGAAAAAACCUCCUCCAACUCCUCACUCUUCGCUCAUUUUUCUCCAUUUCCCCAUUGUUUGGCGAUAGAGCAUGAAAUUCCUUGGGGUGAAUCUUCUGCAUGAGAAUUUCCGGUCUUUAUGAGUGACUUUUGAAAAACAGGAUGGUGCGGUUCAGGUGUCUAUGAGAAAAUAAACAAAAACUAUUUUCUAAUUUUCGAAUUUUACUGAAGUUAUUGAAUUGGCAAAAUCGCUCAUUUGAUAAUAACGGGACUUAAUUCUAGCCACAAACUGACUUUCGAUGGAAAAGCUUUUGGAAAAAGAGGAAAAGAAAUGAAUACUUUUAGAGCCAAGAAAGAUAGUUCCUUCAAAGAUUCAUUUAAAUAAAAUUGUGAUUGGACUUCGGCCUCUGUGAUAUCGGAUGAGCGGAGUAUGUUCAGGAUUUUAUUUCAAAAAUCGGAGAAAAAUAAUUUAAAAAAUAUAUAAACCAAUAAAUGAAAAA